AUCCCGCAUGAAUCCUUCUUGUCAUCGCCCAUAACCAUCGGUCAGGAUUAACGUUUACCAGCCCAGAGGAUGAUGAGAGAUCGUUACGUUGCGAUCUAGGAAGCUAGCCUUACGGCCUCGUUGAUGACUUCCGGUGUGGCAGCGCAUCCGGCACGCGAACCUGUUGAUUCCUUUCAGCGAAGGUCUGACAAAACGGAUCCCAGAGGCAUGGCCAGCAGCACCGAGGAUUACGGGUCGGAAUUGCAGGAGUUGCAGUGGGGUGGCGGUAGCGGGUCGCACUUCCUGCGAAGCGGCACACACUUCCUGAGAAGCGGUACCGGGGGUUGUUACGAAGCCGAGGAUUUAGAACCGACCAGCAGGCAUCAUGGCGGUCAACACAGGGGAUAUUACAGUCCUCCGGGUACGAGUUACACGAUCGUCGAGAGGCCACCGAGCGCCCCUCAUCAUCAUUCCUCGCACACCACCCCUUACAGGCACAGAGGGCAUACCAGCGGCGGUUCCGGUGCAAUUUCACCGGAACAGGUGCUCAGGCUGUUUGGUAACGGGGUGUCGGAGCGUCGACAAGGGGACAGAAGGACGCCGGCGUCGUCUCCGGCUAGCGUCGCUGCGGUGAGGAGCACACCUUCGUCGACGUCGCAGCAACAACAACAGCAACAACAAUCACAGCAAUCCCAGUCGAAUAGUUCGAAUCCGCCUACAUCGCCUAGCUCUCAGCCGCUCAGUCUGCAAGAGCUCACCGUAAGGACAAUCACCAUGACGAGAGAUCCGCCGGACUCUCACCAUGGCUUUGGGAUCUGCGUAAAGGGUGGCAAGGACGCAGGUGAGAUCCGAAGUACCUUCAGGCUUCCCCCGUCGCCGUACUUCGCGCCUCAAGAUCGAGGGGUGGGUGUCUACAUUUCGAGGGUGGAGGAAGGUUCGGUGGCCGAGCGUGCUGGACUCAGGCCAGGAGACACCAUCUUGGAGGUAAACGGCACACCCUUCCGGGCGGUGACCCACGAAGAGGCCCUCAAAAUGCUGAAAUCGUGCAGAACGUUAAGUAUGACGGUGCGAGGUCCGGCGUUGGAUCCGCGUUGCAGAGGAGGCCAUCCGGUCUGGUCGACUUCCGGUCGUCAGCAAUCCUGCAGCUGGAUGGACCGUCAAGGUCGUCCUGCUUCACCGCCACCUCUUUAUCCACCACGGGACUCGAGAUACGGGCCCAGAACCAGGAAGGUUGAACUCUGCAUCGAACCUGGCCAAUCUCUUGGCUUGAUGAUCAGAGGUGGACUCGAGUAUGGUCUUGGAAUUUAUGUCACCGGGGUCGACAAGGACAGCGUGGCCGAUCGUGCUGGACUUUUGGUAGGUGAUCAGAUCAUCGAAGUAAAUGGACAGAGCUUCGAGGAGGCGACCCAUGACGAGGCAGUGCAGAUCCUCAAGACCAACAAGAGGAUGACUCUUCUGAUUCGCGAUGUAGGAAAGGUGCCGCACUCUUGUACCACCAGUCAACCGAUCGUUAUGCCAACGUCUAGGUAUACCGAACACGAUCCUAUGCUUCUCGAGAGUCCUGGAAAUCAUCGACCGCCUAGCCCUACUAUCGCCAGCGAUUGGAGACAUCGGGGCGGUGUCCACACAGUUUCCGCUGCGACAGCCGCGAUGGUGGAGGAGAAAGCAAGGGUGGUGCUUGCGAGAAGCGAAAGGGCAGCGCUUUCUCAGCUUCUGGCCGAUUACAGGACCCGUCGAAUGACGAUCGAAGAAUUGGUGGUCAGUUUAGGUGAUCUCUUGAACACCAACGAGAAACUGACUCUUCUUACCGAGCUCAGGGAACUCGUCGACAGCAAAGACAGGGCUGCUUUCGACGAUCUCGUUUACAGACCUCGCGUUGCCAUGGCAAGGAGAAAAGGAGACCGAGCCCACUCGGACCUGAUAGUGACACCAUCGCUGCACGAUCUUCCGAGGGGUGUACCCGGUGGUUGUUGCCGUCCGGGACGACUGGUGGACGUCGAAGGAGAUCCCCUAGGAGUGACAGGACCUCUCCUGCCUCGGGAUAACCAGGAAUAUAGAUCACCGAGCGAAGAUAGCGGUCUCGGGGCCGACAUGCCCAGGACCAGAGUGGGCUGCAGGAGGGCACAACAGCAUCAAGUGACGACCUCUGAUCUCGCCCUCUCCAACGACGACGAGUGUGACAACCAGGACUACGAGGACGAGUUGGAGAACGGUCGUGGACGUAGACACAGCUCUCCAGGUGGUUCGCGUGGCAAUCCUAGAGACUACGGCCAUCAUCACCUUCAUCCGGACAAUUUGGAAAGCGACGGUGGUUGCGAUGGUAGCGACGCCGAGAUGAUCGGUAAUGGGAGACGAGGAGGAGGAGGAACGGAAAGGGAUCGCGAUAUGGAGGAGGAUGAGGACGAAGGAAGGGAGGAAAGGAGCUCAGAGGGUGGAGGUGGUGGAGGUUUCGGUGGUUGGAGGUCCCACCUGCUCGGUGGGCUAACGCAACGUGUGAAAUCCUGGUACUGGGGCGCCAGGCCCCUCUUGUGCCCGUUUCAGGAACUCGCGCACAAGCUCUCGCGAAGCUUCGACAUGCAGGAAGCGCAGCUGCUCGAGGAGGGUGGUUCCGGUGGCGGGUCCGCCGGAAACGCGGGUGCUGGCGGACCGCCUCGGAGACACCAUAGCGCCCAAAGGCUAGCGCGAAGCGAAAUGUCUGAAAGAAGGGAAGAAGACGGCGCCCUGGUGGUGCCGGAUCAUCAAGGGAACCUGAGGAUCACCGUGAAGAAGACCAAGUCUAUUCUGGGUAUCGCCAUCGAGGGUGGUGCCAACACUAAACAUCCACUGCCCAGGAUUAUCAAUAUACACGAUAAUGGAGCAGCAUACGAGGCUGGUGGUCUGGAGGUGGGUCAGUUGAUUCUAGAAGUCGAUGGUCAUAAAGUCGAAGGGCUUCAUCAUCAGGAGGUAGCAAGACUGAUCGCUGAAUCGUUCGCGAGACGCGAUCGCAACGAGAUCGAGUUCCUGGUGGUCGAGGCGAAGAAGAGCAACCUGGAGCCGAAGCCCACGGCGUUGAUUUUCCUGGAAGCGUAGCAGGAAUCUCCCACCUCCGAGCCGGAACCACCGUAGCCCAAAAUGACCAGAGCUCGACCCUUGACACACUGGGAAUAUCAUCGACGUUGAACCGAACAGAUUCGAGACAGAAAAUUAAAAAACAAAGAGUUUGUUCUCGAUUUGACGGUCGAGCUCUGUAGUCAGGUGCUAAUUCGAACCUGGCCUUGGUGGUGGGAACUAUCAAGAAAAUUAAUAUACGAAAUGAAACGCUGCAACGAACAAGAAGCUGGAUUUAUCGUCCUCCGUUGCUGAAGAAUCUGUGGGCUAACUGAGACGGUACCGACGGCUUCUAAAAUUCAUCCUCAAGCUUGAACGAUGUAAAAGAAAAGAAAAGAAUGCAACGAGGAAGAGAUGAUUCGAGGAGGAUCGGAAAGACGUUGUUGAGGAAAGACACUUUCAGUGUGACGAUGAAGAGUAAGUUGACUGUGCCAAACUAUUAGAGAUUGUUUCGUGUACACUAAUUACGAUAUGUACUCUUAAGAGGUUCAGAGACUCUGUUACCGAAAGAAGAAUACAGGUGGGUGCAAUUUUUGGAUCAUCAGUGACGAUGAAACUAUUUGUUUUUCUUUCGUGGAUACAGGAACGCGAACAUUGCUCGAAGACCCACGCGAACACUUGUAACAAAUGAUUAAGAUUCGAGCAUGGCCCAUGGUGGGUCGCGUGGACAUUCCGUGAGACACGGAGAUUCACUGUUGACUAAUGCGUUAUCGGCGAUCCUGGCUAGCGACGUCGAUCAGGAUUUUCGUUGAUCCAUUUCUUUGGCCGGUCGUUUAAUGGCAUGAUCGUGACGUAGGUAGUUCCAAUGAUUGGCCGAGGGAUGCAGGUACUCUUUGUGUAUCGAAUAUCUUGUUUUUCUAGAUUCUUGUACGGUUUAAUCUAGUUUCUUGCGUUUAGUCGAUUAAUUGUACCUGGUCGCAGUAAAACUUCAACUGCCACGUCAUCCAGUUAAUUUGUAGGCGAAAGAAAUCGCGAAUCGAAGGUUUAAAAUAAUAAUUGUAUCGUACAACUAGACGAGGUCCCGUUCUAAAUAGUAAUUAAAGUGUGUCGUUAGAUGUUUAAUCUUUAUCAUAAAAGGUGUCGAUAUUUAAAUAUACAAAGUGACAGAGUUAAUCUCAUUCAGGAACGAUACUUCUUGUAAUCAGCUAAUUAAAUAAAAAAAAAAAAGCAUCUAUUUUUCCACGCAGCUUCGCUCAUCGAGAAACGUCGAUAGCUGAUAAAUAAAAGAAAAAAAGAAAAAAAUAUCAAGGAAAUCGACGAAAGUCCUGACCGACCAGAGGCCUGCGAUUAACAUAGACUUAUUACGGGAAUUGUUGAGGCUUAACAAAGUAUAUUAUGUAUACACACACAUAUAUUAUACAUAUAUGAUAAUAUUAUCGACUACCGUAGUGGAAUUGCAAACUUGUACCUACCUAAUCGGACUCUCUCGAGCUUUACUCGUCAGGAUGCGAGAAAAUGUGGCAAGAGUUCAAUAAAUAAUAGGCGAAUAUUUUUGACGAUGUUAUUGAACGUAUGUAGCUGUUGAUCGAUCGAGUAUCGAGCCUCGAGGAAUCGCGGAUGAUUGCUCGAAGAGAUUGUUUGGAAUUAUUGUUAAAGAGAGAUCGGUGGCCGAUCGAAGAUGACGGAUUUGAAAUAAGAAAUCUCAGCUUUGGGAAUUUAGUCAAUCGGAAGAUAUAGGUCCUUAUCAAACGCUACGUUAGAUUAACUCAAAUCUAAUGAAACAUAAUCAAACAUGCUGGUAUUUUGAGAGAUGCGAUUGAAUCGACGAGGCGAGGACCCGUAAUGUAUAGUCUGUAACCAAAAAUCAGCCAAAUCUAAUCCAGACUUGAUCGAAAAUUAUCCAGGAUCGUUUGAAAAAGAUUUCUAUUUUGAAAAAAAAAAAAAAACGAAUUUCAUCGGUGUGCCACGUUUUC